AUGGAGUGUGGGAAGAGUUUCAGCAGGAGCUCCAACCUGAUCAGGCACCAGAGGACCCACACUGGGGAAUGGCCCUACGAGUGUGGGGAGUGUGGGAAAAGCUACAGCCAGAGCUCCAGCCUGAUUUUCCAUCAAAAGAUCCACACUGGGGAGAGGCCCUACAAGCGUGGGGAGAGUGGGAAGAGCUACAGCCAGAGCUCCAGCCUGAUUUUCCAUCAAAAGAUCCACACUGGGGAGAGGCCCUACAAGCGUGGGGAGAGUGGGAAGAGCUACAGCCAGAGCUCCAGCCUGAUUUUCCAUCAAAAGAUCCACACUGGGGAGAGGCCCUACAAGCGUGGGGAGAGUGGGAAGAGCUACAGCCAGAGCUCCAGCCUGAUUUUCCAUCAAAAGAUCCACACUGGGGAGAGGCCCUACAAGCGUGGGGAGUGUGGGAAGAGCUACAGCCAGAGCUCCAGCCUGAUUUUCCAUCAAAAGAUCCACACUGGGGAGAGGCCCUAUGAGUGUUCUGAGU